CAAACCGUUCCACACACAUCAUCUCACAGUGAUCGGCGAAGCACCAAAAACCCUAAUCGGAACCCCUCUCUCUCCGCCGUCACUCAUGUCAUUCUUCGACCUAAACAUCCCAUACACCUACCCCUCCCCAUCAGGCGGAAAAGAACUCCCCGUCUCCAACAAACUCCGCGUAAAGCUCGCCACGAAAGCCAUGGAGCUCGGCUACGUCGGAAUCGCACACAACCACUCGAUCGAAGGCACCAUGACCGAGAAAGACACUUGCACGAUCCCUCUCCUCACUCUCGGAUCUCUCGUCAAAGCCGCUCCGAGACUAUCUUCCUCCGUGGCCUUCCACCGCGACUUACUCUCCGUCCCGCGAUCCACUCCGUUUCGCCAGUACACGCGCGUGACGGUUAGGCUCGAGAGUAAGGCUCAGUGUCUGGGGUUGAACUCGGGGAACCCGGUUUUGAAGAGUUAUGAUGUUGUGGCGGUUAGGCCGAUGAAUCAGUAUGCGUUUGAUCAGGCUUGUGUGAAGGCUGAGGUUGUUGAUGUUAUCUCGAUUGAUUUGUGGAAUUUGCAGUUUCGCUUGAUGCAUCCGUUGGUUAAAGCUGCUGUUAAGCGUGGGGUUUACUUUGAGAUUAAGUACUCUCAUCUCUUGAAUGAUGCUGAGAAAAGGAGACAAGUUAUAUCCAAUGCUAAGUUACUGGUGGAUUGGACUAAGGGGAAGAAUCUGAUUAUAUCAAGUGGUGCUCCUUCAGAAAAUAAAUGUCCUCCUUCAGUUACUGAGCUUAGAGGUCCUAAUGAUGUUAUAAACCUCAUGUCAUUGCUUGGACUCUCUAGUGAGAGAGCCAGAGCUGCAAUUUCAGUAAAUUGUAGGAAUAUGAUAGCAAAGAUUUUGAAGAAGAAGCGGUUUCAUAAAGAAGCUGUCAAGGUUGAGUUACGUUCUUCUAGUGAAAAAUUUAGUCUCGAACAGCCUCUGUCUGGAGAUUGUGUGAAAUGGGAUCCGCUCUCGAGUGGUGAAGGUGAUAUGCUUUUGGAAGAUAUCGCAAAGGCUUUUGAAGCCACUACACGUCACAAAUCCUCCAAGGCGAUUGAUGUUACUUCUGAUCGUAAUGGCUUGCCGUCACAUGGUUUCCGGAUCGGUAAUAUUCUCGGAACUGAACCUUUGACUCAGCCACCUGCAGCUAAUGAGAUGAUUGACGCACCAGUGCAAUGUAAGGAUCAAGUUUCUGAUGUGUGUAUGGCUGAUUCAGCUUCAUCUGUUGAAAACGAAACCGUUAGCCAGAUUGACUUGCUGAUAUCUGAAGAUGAUAACAAAGUGGAACCUACAAGGAUUGUUCCCUUCUCCAGCCAGAGACAGGGGCUUUUGGAUCAAGCAGCUGCAUCCUUUACACUGAUAAAAUGUACAGAGUCAGAUGCAGCUUCUGAUGUUAACAUGCAGACUGAGUUAGAUUCUGAAGAUAAAUCAAUGUCACCAUCAAAAAGCGGUCACGAGAUCCCACAAACUUCUGCUGAAAACUUAAACAUGGAAACUAUUGGUGUUGAUGAUGAAGUCCCAGUGGACGGAGUCAGCAAAGAAGGAGCUGUUUUUGGUCACGCUAAUAUUGAGCAACCUGCAAUCACUGAUGAUGUUGAUGAGAUGAAAAUCGAUGGCUCUUUGGAGGCGAAUCACGAGGAGUACAAGGACGUGACAGUGGAAGACCAGAAGCAUGAAACAGGUGACGAUCAUAUUAUUCUUCCUAACUUAACCUCCUCUGAGACUACCGAAUUGCUAAGAGAAUCGAGUAACUCUCUCAGUCCAGAGGCGGUUGGACAGGACCAUGACCAAGUACCAAGCUUAGGGUCGAGCGAGGCCGAGCUUGGGGAAUACGAGAUAACAAUGGAAGAGAAGAGGGAAACCGAAACUAAUCAACAAGCCAAUGUCAUGUCCUUUGAAAGAAACAAUGCUAGAAACUCAGGUAAGGUACGAGCAAGGAGGAGUUGGUUUAGAUUAACGCAACUACAACCUUUGAAGCCUUUUCUACUACAACGUUUCAAACGAAUCAGUAAAAGAAGAAAACAUAGAAGAGCUUGAUGAUUCUUAAACACUAGAGAAGUUUUGUUUAUUGAUUUAAACCCACGCAAGUCUCGUGUUGUUGAAACCGAUCAUUAAAGUGGGGUAAGAGAAAAAUUAUAAAGUUUAGAGUUGGUUUCUUCGGGUACUCGUGUCAAGAAAUACACUUUAAAUUAAAAUAACAAAAGAAGAAAGAAAAAAGUGAAAAAACAUGUUAAAAGAGUGGAGAGUCGGUAAAUCUACCGCCGGCCGACAAAAAUCAAGGACAUGGUCGCCGGAGGGCCUACAUCUCCAAUCCAUAGCCUUUGUUAAAGAAGAAAGACUGCUCUCUAAAACUACUUUUGUUUAAACUAAAACAUCACAUGUUGUAGUUCAUUUGAAAAAAAAUACACGGACACUUUUUACUUAUAAAUAAGACAAUUGAACCUUCUUACUUUUGUUAGGUUGGUUACUUUUGUUUAGUUUAUAUGAGUGGAACCUUCUUUGGUUUCUUAAGGAUUUCUAAGGUAUUAAUGUAUGCGUGCUUUAAGAGAUUGCUAGUACUUUGUAGCACGAUGAGUAAUCAACGUGAGAGUAUUGAAAUCAUCAAAGUAACAUGACCAUGUUCGUUA